UCGAACUUUCAUUCGACGAUUUCUCUGAAAUUAUCGUCUCAACUCUGCACUUCUUACAUCCUGUCCAGAGUUAAAGACCCAAAGUUAAAAGUCACAGCGAGAAAACUGACUUCCAUCAUGGAAAAUAGUAAUAUUCCGAGCCACCUGUUGGACCAUACCUACAACAAAGUUAUUAGAGUCUCAGCACGCCUGGCACAGGCUACAAAGAGAGCAGCAGCCUGCAGAGACUGCUCCUGCUGCAGAGACAACCAGCACUCUGAAGCUCCUGCAAACCCACCCAAAAAAAGGAGGCGCACCUCUGCUGCUCAGCCUUCAACACCUCCUGCUGAUACUCCAGCUUCAUCUAAUCAGGUCCUGAAGCCUCGCGCUCCAAUUUCACCUGCUGACUUACCUUUGGUCUCUUCUGUGCCCUCUAGCCCCCAGCCCACUGCUCCACCUCUCCCAGACGAGCCCCUGAUGAUAUGCGGCCUCCCCGUGGAAGAGUACCAACAGCUCUACCAUGAAGUUGUCGACGACAUGCUGAGGUUCACGAAUAGCCGGCAGCGUCCAUAUACUUUGGCCCUGGGUCGCCGCAUCAAGCAGAAGCUGUGGGAGAGGCUGAACCGUCCGACCUUCACCGAGACAGUGGACGCAGACGGCCGGGUGCAUGUGGACACAUCAUACGGGGUUGGUGACCACCCUCCCCAGUAUGAUGUGGACACAUCAGAAGAACCGGGGCCCACUCCACCCUCCGUCCUCCAAUUCACAUACAAACUCAGCCCGUCACAACCUACAGCCUCUGAAGUGCUCUGCUCCACCUUCCACCCGCAGCCUCUGCCAGAUACCUGCAGCCGGGGCCUCCACCUGCAGGAUCUGGCAGACUACUGCCUUAUGACCUACCCCCGCAGCCUCUGCCAGAUCCUGCAGCCGGUGCCUCCACCUGCAGGAUCUGGCAGACUGCUGCCUUAUGACCUCCCCCCGCAGCCUCUGCCAGAUCCUGCAGCCGGCGCCUCCACCUGCAGCCAGACACCUGCAGCCGGGGUCUCCACCUGCAGGAUCUGGCAGACUGCUGCCUUAUGA